AUGAAAGAGCGAAUGAAAAAGGUGGGGAUCAAAGCAAAAGUGAUUACACUCGAACAGCUUAAAAAGAGGUAUUACACUCACGCGAUGCAACGCGAGUUGGCGGAUAAAUACGACCUCUUUUUGAUGGAGGGUGGAUACUUAUACCUCCGAAGAUCGUAUUUCGACGCGGAGGUCAUGUCCGGCAAGUGUAUCAUCCCAAUCAAUGUGAAAGAAGACAAACUUAAAUUCGAGUUUGAUAGAAUCAUGCAGGGCACUGCUGUGAUGAUGGGUAUCUCACAUGGCGAGAUUACAGCAGCAAUUGGCUCACUUUCAAUGAGCGAAAAGGAACUCACUGAAAAUGUCAUUGCAUGCACAGAGAAAAUGGUGGAAGUGUUACCGUCGGGGUUAGAGAAUUUGGCGUCGGUUGAUUUGACUAUGAAGGUGAAGAUUAAAUACAUCAAAGUCCCAUUGUUUACUGGGUUCGAUUAUUGA